UUGCUUUUCUCCACUUUCCUUCACCUUCCCCAUUUUGUCUUUGUUCUCUUUUCUCUUCUCUAUAUAGUGCAAAGACUUUCUCUCCAGUCCACUCAAACCCACUUUGUUCAAAUCAUGGGAUCUGAUCAGCUACUAGAUCAUCAUGUAGAACUAACCUCCACACCAAAGUUAUCGCUUUUAUUUUCAAUACCAGUUAGCAUGGAGUCACCUGAGAGACCUGGAAUGUUAACCCCACCACUUUACUCCUCAGCCUCUGUCCCAUUCCGAUGGGAAGAAGAGCCUGGUAAGCCUAAAACAUGCACCACUGUCACCACUUACUCAAACCCAAACAAUGAUCUUGCUCACAAGUGUUUAGAACUGCCACCUAGACUUUUGUUAAUGGAACCCUCACCCACCAGUGUCCUUCAUGGUCCUUACAUGGGCAGGUCUAAGAUCCAGGCUUCUUCGUUUAGGUUGAGUACUAGUCAGUGUUAUGGUUCCUUUCGUAGGAAUAGUUUCGGUCCUGAGAGAGAUCAGCUUGGUGCUAUUGCUCUUAGUAAGAAAGGGCACAAGGAGAAAGGAUUAUUUGGUUCUUGGAGGAAGAAAGGUAAAAGAGACGUUGGUGGGGGUAGUUACGUCUUUCCCUCUUCUGUAGAUAGAGAGAGUGAAUCCAGUAGAGAAGAUGAAAUGAGUAAGGUUACCAGUUUCAGGAGGACAGGCAGCUUUUCUACUCGAGCUCCAAGGUCUAACUUCUGGGCAACUGUAUAUGGUGGUUUGAAGCAAGUGGUUCCAUGGAAGACUAGAAAAACGAAGAAAGAUGGGCUUCUGGGUUGACUUUUCUGGGCUUGCCAAUUAAUUAAGUACCUGUACCACAAUUGUGUGGCUGUAUGAUAGUUAUCUUGUUGAAAGAAAAUGACUUAUCAAAGAUAAUAUAGCACAUCACUGCUUGCUGCUUCUCUAGCUGGAUUCCGCUACCUUUAUGGAUGGGUCUAGCAUAAGAAGGCGACUGUCUCUCUGGCGUGUAAAAUUAGUAAAUUAUGAAUCGUUUAGUCAGCUGGUUAGGUGUAAUAAAUAUGUACCUGCAGGUCAUUACAGCAUGAUAAUGGAACAUAUGGCUCUACUCGCUCCAGUAGAGCUACAUCUCCAAUUGUAACGAGGUCAGUUGGCGGUCUUAUGAUCAUUUGCUUUUGUCUCAACCUCAAGUAGUCAAGUUGCUAUCAAUGCUUACGGAAAAUAGUGGUCCUUGUUAUUGUAUACUCUCUUUUCUUCUUUUUUUUUUUAUGGGUUAUUAUUGAUUUUGCCA